AGGUUUUUGUCGACGUCGUUUCUUGUGAAGACGACUUUUCUGUCCAGAAUUUCGGAUAUAUAUUUUGAGUAAUUCUAGCUCCUAAGUUCACCUAGACUCCGUCCUUAAUCCUAACAAGUGGUAUCAGAGCCAUAUUAAGGACAUUGAGAGGAGUCUACAGAAGUGUGAAGACCCUUCUAGACCCACCAUGGCCUGAUGGCAGCAGCGGGCAGUAGUGUAUCUCAGCUGCAGCAGUGCACCAAGAUCAUCUCGGUGUUGGACAACUCUUGGGACAACCUCAUCCCCACCCUCAACUCUCAGCAAGAUCAAUGGACACCUGAGUGGCUAAGGCAGCAGAUUCUGCAGGAGGACUUCCGCAGACGCCAUGUGGGAGGCGGUGCUGCCACUAAGACUGCUGAGGGGUAUGGAGCUGCAGGGCGCGGCAGAGGAAGAGGGGGUUGGAGAGGCCGAGGCCGUGGGAGAAGCUUUGGCAGAGGUAGAGGCCGAGGUGACUAUAAUGAGGGGCAUGGGAGCUCCAGUGGCAGGGGGAGUACCAGAAUGGAGGGCACCUGCUGGUACUGCAAGAAGGUCGGGCAUCCUUGGUUCAAGUGCUUCAGCAGGCCGGAGGGAUGGGCACCUCCAGGCAUGAAGCCGCCCAGUGGUGAACGCGCACAAGGUGGUGCUGUGCAAGGCUCAGGUGCACAAGGUGAAGGUGCACAAGGUAAUGCCUAUCCUGGGAUGUUUCUUAUGGUUGAGGAUGUGCAUGGGCAUGAGGGUGAUGUGGGAUCUGUGGGAAAGGUUGUGAUGCACCCUCUCACGCACUGGGUGAUUGAUUCAGGUUGCACCAGUCACAUGACCCCACGGGCAGAUUUGCUUGAUGAGGUAAAACCCCCUGGGAAGAUCAAGUAUGUGGCAGCAGCGUCAGGUGCUUUGCUCCCUGUCAUUGGUGUUGGAAAUGCCAAGGUUAAGGGAGCUAAUGGGGAGCUUGUGGGGCUUGGGAAUGUUCUGCUGGUUGAAGGCUUGUCUGCUAACCUUCUCUCUGUGCGACGACUGCAGAAGAGCAAGGCCGAAGUGACCUUUGGACCAACCAGCUGCCAUGCUAAGCUUGGGAAGAAGGUGCUGUGGAGUCUGGAAGAGGAGACCAGCUGCAUCAAGGACCUGUGGCAGCUGCCCAUCAUCCCAUGGAAUGGGAAGACUCCAACAGCAGCAACGGCAGCAACGGCAAAGGCAACAGCAGGAGGAGAUGCAACUGCACCAACUGAUGGGGUCCUGGAAGCAGUCAAGAAAGUGCACCAGCAGCAGACACAUAGUGAGGUGCUUGCUGGUGUGGAUGCGAGUGCGGCAUGGGCUAAGGCUUCAUCAAGGAGUGGAGAGGCCGAUUGGGAGACAUGGCAUGAGAGGUUGUGUCAUGUGAACUUCCCUAUGCUGCAGAAGUUGGUGAAGAAUGGGAGCCUGAAGGGCUUGGAGGUGAAAGGGGAAGUGAAGGAGAUUGGGAGCUGCCCUACAUGCUUGGAGACCAAGUUCUCCAAGUUCCCCUUCAACAGUGCUACAGGACCAGCCAAGACCCCACUUGCACUUGUGCACAUGGAUGUGGUGGGGCCCACAAGAGCCCCUUCCCUCUCAGGUAGCCGCUAUUUCUUGACAAUUGUGGAUGACCACACUCGGGCAGUGUGGGUUUACCCUUUGAAGAGCAAGGGGGAGGUGGCAGCGGCUGUCCUUAAGGAGUGGAUGCCGAGAGCUCAGAGGGAAUGCGGAUACAAGGUGAAGGUGAUCCGUAGUGACAAUGGUGGGGAGUUCAUUGGAGCUGAUUUUGAGGGGGAGUUGAAGAGGAAGGGGAUCCAGCAUCAACUGACAGUGCCCUACAACCCGCAGCAGAAUGGCGUGGCUGAGAGAUUCAACAGGACCCUGCAGGAGGGGGCACGCACUCUCCUUGGGCGUGCAGGGCUGCCUGAUCCGUUUUGGGUGUCUGCACUGAGGCAGGUCGCCCUUGUGAAGAACAGGGUGCUGGCUACAGUUGGGGAUAAGGAGUGGAUCCCAUAUACCAAGUGGUAUGGGAGUGCUCCAGCUGUGAACAUGCUGAGGGCAUUUGGGUGCAUGGUGGUGUUUGAUGUGCCUAAGGAGAAAAGGGGGAAGUUGGAGGCUUCUGGAAGAUGGGGUGUGCACUUGGGGAUUGCAAAGGAUCACAAGGGUUGGCUGCUAUGGGACUUGACCACCCAGAAGCUGACAGUGUCAAGGGAUGUGAAGUUUCUGGAGUCCCUGUACUACAAGGAAUGGAAGCAGCAGCAACAGAAGCUUCCAUCUACACCGCUCAUUGUGGAGGCAGACGAGGUGCAGCAGCCUUCAAGACAGGUGGAGGUUGCAGUGUCAGAGGAGGAGAUGUCUGGGGUGACUGAGGAAGGGGGAGCAGCUGAAGUAGAGCAGCAGCAGCAGCAGCAGCAUGAGUCUCCAUCUCGAGUUCCACACCCGCCUGAGCGACCUAGGAGGGAUGUGCGCCCUCCUGUGAGGCUGACCUAUGGGGGAA